CAAGGGAAAGAGAGAAUGUGUGAGACAUUGGUAAAGAGACAGAAAUACAGAUGUUGAAAACUUUUAAACAUAUAUUGCUUUAGUCUUAAGACUUUGAUGAAGUGAUUCUAUAAUGGGAGUAACGAAAAAAGAAUGCGUGACAUUUCAGUGCUUUUGAAAAAGACAAACGGGCUAGCUGGUUAUGCUAUAUGAAGGUAUAGUACUUUGACAACAAGCGCAUAACGGCUUAAAUCUGAAAACAAGAGUGCAGAGGGGAAAAAGUUUAUUAAAGUCUUGUGAGUGAAGAGGAGUUGACUCGAGUUUUGAAGCCAUGACGAACAAUAGGACAUUGAAAAUGGUCGUCCUCCUGAGCAUCUUUGUGGCAAGAAGUCAUACUAGAGGAGAAGAUCAAAACAUCAGCUUAACACAACAACAUCAAGCUGUGGAAAAUGAAUUGACAGUUUUCAAAGCUGAGACAUUUAUGGAGGGCAGCAAUGUCACUUUAAAAUGUGGAGAUGCUAAAGUCAAAUGGAACGAGCUAAUUUUCAUCACCUGGAAUCUUAGCAUGCAAGGCAGAAAGUGUUUCGUCGGCAUGUUAUCUAAGCCGGAAUCCAAUUGCAAUGAUGGAAAGAUGAUACUCAACUCCUCAAAUAGAAUUGACUUAUUCAUUCCCAAAAUUUCAAAGGGCGAUGAAGGAUCUUACUCGUGUGAUAUAUCAUAUAGCGCAGGAACGUAUGCUGAAACAGUCAAUGUGUCUGUUGGAGUUCCCAACCUUGACAGCCAGCUGGAGUUCAAAAAUGUGCUUUCAGAUCACAAACUUCCAUGGGGAAAUAUUGCCAUAGCAGUCGGUUCUGUGUGUUUUAUUAUUGUAUCUCUGGCUUUGGUGUAUGUACUACGUAGGAAGCUUAAUAAUCUAAGUGCAUUGAAAAUACUUUGCUGCAAAUCCAAAAUCUCAUCACCCGCUGAAGACAAACCAACACAGGCCCCUGAUGUUGAAGAGGUGGAACCCUAUGCAAGUUAUAUACAGCGAGUCAACUCCAUCUACAAUUCCUCAGCUGAACUCUUUAAUGCAUAAGUAGAAGCACACUGUCUUUUGUCACUUUUCAUGAUGAAAUGGGAUACCAGAAGUGAUACAUGUAGACUGAAAAUUAACAGAGAAUAGUGUGGUCAAAAUUACACACAUGAAUAACAUACUAGUGGAAAAAUAGUCAUUUCAAGAGAGCAUCCCCAAAGCAAACAGGCUUUGACUGAGGAACAAAAGUCACACUGAGUCAAAUGAUGAAAAGGUGAUGAUGAAGGAACAUUUAUAAUCUUUAGUGGUGAGGAAAGACUGGACAACUUCAGCGGUAGUGAUAUCACCAAUAUGAAGAUUUUUAGAAACUGGGUUUAUACUAUUUACUUGAAAAAAUAGUUUUUUUUUUUUUGUUUUGUUUUUUACUUGUACAGAUAUCUUUCCUAUCAUGGUGUAAAAGGUAAAACCCAUAGCAAACAACUCUGUCCUCUAAAAAAUACAAUGGGCCUUGUAAAAGAGCAAGGUAAACAUAUUCAAAA